AUGGCCCUUUCCGUGCGCACAAGUGGCGGGUCCCGGCCAUUCUCCUCUCGGAGCGGAUUUGGAGGAGGAUCUCUGAGGAUGUCCAGUUCCAGUGGUGGAGGAGGCUUUGGUGGUGGUGGGCUUGGCUUUGGUGGGGGGUCUGGUGGAGGGUUUGGUGGAGCUUCUCUGUUGGGUUCAAGCUCUGGCUUCGGAGGGGGCUUUGGGGCCAGCUCAGGUGCAGGAUUUGGGAGCAGCUUAAGCAGUGGCUUUGGUGGAAGCUUUGGAGGUGGUUUGGGCAGUAGCUACGGAAGCGGCUUAGGCAGUGGGUUCGGGGGAGGUUUGGGAAGUGGUUUUGGCAGCAGUUCAGGUGCUGCUUUUGGAAGUGGCUUUGGUGGUGGCUUAGGGACUGGUUUUGGAGGUGGGUUUGGCCCUGCAGGUUCUGGCGAUGGUGGCAUUCUUUCUGGCUCAAAAAAAGAGACAAUGCAGAACCUCAAUGACCGUCUGGCUGCAUAUCUGGACAAAGUGAGAUCUCUGGAGGAUGCCAACACUGAGCUGGAACGCAAAAUCCGCGAGUGGUAUGAGAAAAGUGGCCCUGGCACUGCCACCCCUGGAUGUGGGAAUGACUACAGUAAAUUCUACCCCCUCAUUGAAGAUCUUCGAAACAAGAUCAUCAAUGCAACCAUCGACAAUGCGAGGAUCAUUCUGCAGGUCGAUAAUGCCAGACUGGCUGCUGAUGACUUCAGACUGAAAUAUGAGAAUGAAGUGGCUCUUCGGCAGAGUGUGGAGGCUGACAUCAAUGGUCUGCGCAGAGUCCUGGAUGAGCUGACCAUGACCAGGGCAGACCUGGAGAUGCAGAUUGAAAGCCUGAAUGAAGAACUGGCUUAUCUCAAGAAGAAUCAUGAAGAGGAGCUUCAGGGCAUCCAAAGCAGUGAAUUUGGCCAAGUCAGUGUGGAAAUGGACGCUGCUCCAGGGACUGACCUGACCAAGCUUCUGAAUGAUAUGAGGGGACAGUACGAAGUCAUUGCCGAGCAAAACCGUAAAGAGGCCGAGGCGUGGUUCAAUGAAAAAAGCGGGGAGCUGAAAAGGGAAAUCUCCACCAAUACUGAGCAGCUCCAGUCAGGAAAGAGUGAGAUCACAGAUUUAAAACGGACUCUCCAGAGCUUGGAAAUAGAGCUGCAGUCUCAGCUCGCCAUGAAAAAAUCCCUGGAAGACACUUUAGCAGAAACGGAAAGUGGUUACUGCGCUCAGCUGUCACAAAUCCAAAUGCAGAUCGGGAACCUGGAGUCCCAGCUUUUCCAGGUCAGGGCUGACAUGGAGCGCCAGAACGCGGAGUACCAACAGCUCCUAGACAUCAAGACUCGUCUGGAAAUGGAGAUUGAAACCUACCGGCGCCUGCUGGAUGGCGAAUUUGUGGGCGCUGGACAGGCAGUUACAUUUGAAAGCUCAUCCCUGACAGGAUCCAAAUCUCAAACACAAUCACUGGACUCUUCCCAAGAUCCAACCAAAACUAGAAAGAUCAAGACAAUUGUCGAAGAAGUGGUAGAUGGAAAAGUUGUUGCAUCCCAUGUUAAGGAAGUUGAAGAGAAGAUAUGAAGCACAAUCUGAUG